CUGGACAAACAAGAACUGGCAUCAGUGCAUCCCCUCUCCCUCAGUUUUAACAUCUUUAGUCAUCACAAUCCGACACACAUCAUCACUCAGCAUCAGUUUUUCUCACCCCCCCACCAUCAAGACAUGUUAGUGUUAACAUUAACAAAGUGGAUGGCAGUCUCUGUAUAGCAAGCGAGGUUACUCAACCAUUAUCAGUCAGGAAACAUCCACGAUAGUGAACCUGAUAAUGUUCCAGAUUUACAAUUGACUAUAACCUUUUCAGGUUUUAUUGUGUUUGGAAUACCCAGGAAUUUAAGUCUUGCCUGCUGUUGAUACUUCAUGCAAUAAUGGAAACAUUGAAGCCUAAAGACUUACGCAAAUCCAUGAAGUGGUUGUUGGAGAUAGCUACAUGCCCCAUUUGCCUGAAUACUCUACAUUCUGACACAGUGCAGUGUGUAAAUGGUCAUCCUAUUUGUGUGGAGUGUCAACAGGACUUGGAGAUUUGUCCAACCUGUCGUAACCCGUUCAGCAAUGUUCGGCCAACAGGUUUCAUCCACCAAGUUAUCCAGUCUCUCCCCCACCCUUGCAGAUACCCAGACUGCACUUAUUUUGUAAAAAACCAAUGACAACCAUGAACGGCUCUGUGGGUACAAACCGACAGAAUGUAAACAUUGUAAUUGGAAAGGCCCUGGCCGUGGUAUCGUGGCACACCUGCAGAUUGUACACCACCAAUUACUGCCAGUGAAGCAAACGCAGAAGCAAUGGGGAGAGCAGUUCAACCACAGAGAAGAAUGUUCAGUAUUCUUUCCAAUCUUGGUAAAAGGGGAAUUUUUCUGGGGGGAGAUGAAAAAUGAUCUUCAGAAUGACAAACUAACAGCUGUUGUUCAUCAUGUACCAAAUGGUAAAACCGAUUCCAUAUAUUUCUCACACGUGUUGCUGAAACUCAAUAAAGAAAGGUAUACUGCAAGCUUAAAAUUAAAUCUCAGUCCCACUGCUGAUCCAUACAAGGACAAUUGUAUCGCGAUUCCUACAUCGCUCUUGCAUAAGUUUACUGAUGAAAAUAAACUAUUGUAUCGAUUAUUUGUGACAAAAAAUAAAUGGGAAUCGUUCAAAAAUAUUUUGGAGAUAUGGAUUGAUGACAUGAAAAAGUUAAUCCAUUUGAAGUAAAAUUGAUCAAAUAUUUAUAAUUUAACACAUAUUUACACAUUUAUGAAAUGCACGUUUUUAUUGCUAUAAUUCAAGCAUUUCAUGUAAGAAUAGUAUACAGAGUAAUGCUCUAAGUAAAUUUUAUAUCUAGAGAACAAUGAUAUGUGUAGUAUUAGUGAUAUGAUAAAAAGAUACAAAUAAGUAUCGUAAGUACUUUUACUGAAUUUAAUCAAUCACAUUUAUGGUAUAAGUAACCAAGCACAUAAAUUGUCUGUAAACUUGUAGUAACUACAAUUUUGUUGCAAUAAACAAUAUAAUCACA